UGCUAAUUUCUACUAACUAAUUAAGUAUUUAUUUAUUUAUUAAUUAAUUAUCGUAUUAAAUUAAAUUAAAUACAAAAACUGGCCGGGCCGAAAGAAUUUUGCGGCCGGUGCGCCGCCGGGCCGAAAAAAUUUUGCGGCUGGUGCGUCGUCGGGCCGAAAAACAUUUUCGGCCGGUGCGACGGCCGGCCGAAAUUUUUUUUCGGCCCGGCGGCGUAUUGGCCGCAGUUUUUUUUCGGCCCGCCCUGUUUUUCGCCGGAAAACUGGAAAACUUGCCGGGAAACUGGAAAACUGGCCGGAAAAAAUAAACUUACUUGUUUUCCGACGAGCUGAGGGCGACGGGAGGUUAGCCGACGACGGAAGAACGGUGCCGGCGACGGAGGCACUGGGCUCGUCAACAGAAGUUUUUGUUGGAAUGAGUCAAAUGUUCAUGGGUAUCCGAAUUUAUAGAAUGAAAGGAAGGGAAGAGAGGGAAAAUUCAAAAUUUGAAUUCAAAAUUUUUUUUUUUUUGUUGGCGGCAAAUAGCAAUUUGGUUGGCGGCAAAUAGCCGUUCACUUUAAAAUACGACUGUCUCGCGACUACAGUGAAGCCUUUGGUAGCUAUUAGCUAACAAAUAAAAUAAGUCAAUGAACCCUUUAAACGGCGCCGCUUUCAUCCUUCCAGUCAUCCAGUCCCAGUGAAUCCAGAGAGAAGAAAAAUGAAAAGGCUGAAAAGCCCUUUCUCGCAUGGUCGGAGCACUGUAAACGAAGCCUGAUCACCGGUGAAGCAGUAAAGGCGGAGAGCUCAGUAGCCGCCUCCACUAUAUCGGAAUGAUGAUGGAGGAUGGCGAGAUAGCGGAGGCGGUCGCCAUGGAGGAAGACUUGCUGCUGCUCAAGAACGGAAAGUCAGCCUAUGAUAGGCUCCGCGAAAGCAAAGCUUCAGUUGAGGAGAUAGUCUCCCAGAUUCUCUCCGUCAAAAAGGACGGCAACUCUAAAUCCCAGCUCCGAGAGCUCGUUACCCAGACGUUUCUCCAUUUUGUCACCCUCCGACAGGCGAACAGGUCGAUUUUGCUGCACGAGGAUCGAGUGAAGAUGGAGACGGAGAAAGCGAAGGCGCCGGUGGAUUUCACGACUCUACAGCUGCAUAACUUGAUGUAUGAGAAGGGCCAUUACGUCAAGGCUAUCAAGGCUUGUAAGGACUUCAAGUCCAAGUAUCCUGACAUUGACCUCGUCCCUGAAGAAGAAUUCUUCCGUGAUGCGCCUGAAGAUAUCAAGAGUUCCGUCUUGUCCAGCGAUGGAUCCCACAAUUUGAUGCUCAAAAGGCUCAACUACGAGCUGCACCAGCGGAAGGAGCUCUGCAAACUUCGGGAGAAAUUGGAGUUACAGAAGAAAAGUCUAGCGGAAAUGAUUGCUAAUAGGAAGAAAUUCUUGUCAAGUCUGCCAUCGCACCUUAAAUCGCUUAAGAAAGCAUCUCUGCCUGUACAGAACCAAUUAGGAGUUCCGCAUACGAAGAAGCUAAAGCAACAUAGUUCAGCAGAACUGCUUCCUCCUCCACUCUACGUGAUUUACUCACAGUUGGUGGCUCAGAAGGAGGCCUUUGGUGAAGAGAUUGACUUGGAGAUUAUUGGGAGUUUAAAAGAUGCUCAAACAUUUGCUCGUAAGCAAGCAAAUAAAGAAAACAGUGCAUCUGCCAAUGUGGAGACUUUGAGGGUUGAAGAUGACGUACCUGAUGAUGAAGAUGAUGCCCAAAGAAGGAGAAAACGACCGAAAAGGGCACCUAGUAAGGAGAAUCCUGAUCAGACAGGGAUUCAUCAAGUUCACCCGCUUAAGCUCAUUCUUCAUGUACUUGAUGAUGAGGCUUCUGAUCCAAAGUCUGCAAAGCUCAUUUCUUUGAAGUUUGAAUACCUGUUGAAGCUAAAUGUUGUAUGUGUUGGAUUAGAAGGUUCACUUGAGGUAGCUGAAAACAGCAUUUUAUGCAACUUAUUCCCUGAUGACACUGGGAGUGAACUCCCGCACCAGUCUGCAAAGCUCACUACUGGCUGUAGCCUUUCCUUUGAUGAAAAGAGAACUUCUCGUCCAUAUAAGUGGGCCCAACAUUUGGCAGGAAUUGAUUUCUUGCCAGAGAUUGCACCAUUACUUGGUAGUCAUGAAACUACAAGUGGCGAAACUUCUAAAACUGAUGUUGUAUCUGGGUUAUCAUUAUAUCGACAACAGAAUCGGGUGGAGACGAUUGUCCAAAGAAUCCGCUCUCGGAUAAGGGCUCAGCUGGCUCUUGCGGAGCAGCUUGAUUCACUUAUGAAGCUAAAGUGGCCAUCUCUGAGUUGUGAAAGCGUUCCAUGGGCUCUACAUACUUCUUUAUGCAGUUUGGAUGGUUGGUCAUCAAUAGGACCCCCACCUAAUCAUCUCUCUUUGCACACAGAGCACGUUGAGGAAUCCAUGAAUAUUGACACAGAUGGACAAACUGGUACUUCAAAGGAAGGGUCGAAAGUUCUGAGGGAAGAUGGGGAGCUCCCAUCUUUGCUUAAAGCUGGUUCUAUAGUGGCAAACGAUGUGAAGCAGCUUACUUCUACUCCCAAAGUAUCAUCCAGUGCAGAGCGUUCUAGGCAGCUGAGUUUGAUCUCGAAGACUGUAGUCUCCCCGUUUAGCAAGCGGAAAUCACAUAGCUUUAAUAAAUACGAUGAGGAUAUAGAUCCAACUUUUUUGGAUUUCGAUAGUGAUCAUGACGAGCUACCCUCUAAUGAGCAUACUGAAGAAAUGGUUCCCAUUCAGCGCCUUGAUUUGUCCUUGGAUUCUUGGGUUGAUUUUGGUACUAAAGAGUAUUCCCUUAUCUUGGUGAGAGCAGUGGGUGAAGGCAGAAAUGUGAAAUUAAAAGCAAAGAUUAAGAUCAGCAUGGAGUACCCUCUUUGGCCACCUUUGUUCUCUGUGGACCUACUUAAUUCAGAAGGAAGCCAAGAUGGAGGUGACAAUGGCUCUCGAUGGUACAACGAACUUCGUGGGAUAGAAGCAGAGGUCAACCUCAAUAUACUGAAGCUUGUACCAAGUGAUGAAGAAAACAACAUCUUAGCCCAUCACGUUCACCGUCUUGCUAUGUUGUUCGACUAUCUGAUGGAUGAUGAAGCAUCAUCACCAGGUCAAAAGAAUACCCAUGUGGUUGGUUUCGGUUUGUCUAAGCCGGCCAGCGGUACGAUUCUGGCCAGGUCACAUAGGGGAAGGGAUAGGAGGAGGAUGAUAUCCUGGAAGGACAUGGAUUCCAAAUCUGGCAACUUGUAGACAGAAUCCAGGCUCCCCGCUUUCAGUUUUAUGUAUGUUCUCCUUUCCAUUUGUAUUCAGCAAAUGGUGUUUUCCUUAUCAAUGCAAUUAAGCUCCACAAUAAUAUACUGUUGGCUGA